AUGAGUCUCAGGGUGGCCAUACUGACUCAUUUACUACUGCUCGUUGACAAGGCUGAUUCUAAAAAAGGAGAUUUCUUCUUUUUUUGGUCAUUACAAGGUGUCAAAUGUGGAGGAAUUCUCUCUGCACCGUCCGGAAAUAUCUCCAGCCCAAACUUCCCGGGCCCGUACCCCUACAACAUCGACUGCUCCUGGCUAAUUGUCGUGGCCGAGGGCUCCUCCGUCCUCCUCACCUUCUACCACUUUGAGCUGGAGUACCACGCCGGCUGCGCUUACGACUACAUCAAAAUUUACAAUGGCGUGUCUGAAGACGAGGGGAACCUCCUUGGGACGUUUUGCGGCGACAUCUCCCCCCCUCAGUUCACCUCGUCUUGGAACGUCAUGUCCAUCAUCUUCCAUUCGGACCGCCAUGUGGCCUACAGGGGCUUCAGCGUUGGCUACAGAAAAGGUACCUCGCUGCAUUGUGCUUAA